AUGCCCAAUACUCGAUUAUUGCCCCAUAGGCAAAAUCAUGUAUUUAAGAUUUAUGAUGAAAUAAAAAAUUAUGCUAGCUCCAGUACACCUGAUAGAGAAUGUCAAAAAGUUUAUUUUCUUAAUAUAAUACCAAAAAACAAUGAACUUAAUGAAAGUGAAAAGAAUUAUUGCCAAGAAAUGUUCAUACGUAAUUAUGAAUUGCAUAAUGUAAUUCAUAAAUUUGGUGAGCCUAUUACAUGUAAAAACUGUAAAUCUACGAGAUAUUCCAUCAGAUAUUGUGAAGUCUGUAUUAAGCAAUACUUACAAAAAUCUUUUAGAACCUGGACAUCUGGAAAUAGAAUUGUUGACGAAUUUAUUCAAAAAUGUCAAUUAAUUUCGUCAGUUCCGCCAUAUAUUAUAGAGUGGAUUCCUUUUGAGCAAUUUAAAGAUGUCGAGUAUUUAACUAAAGGUGGCUUUAGCACUGUUUAUACUGCAACAUGGCCUAGAGGAAGCAUUUAUGAUUGGGAUGAAAACAAAAAAAUGUUUAUUUACUUUGAAUAUUUUGGACCUCAAAAGGUAGUAUUAAAAUCCUUAAAUAAUUCAAAUUAUCCAGGAAAAGAUUUUUUUGAUGAGCUUUGUGAAUUCGCUAAUUAUGAAUUUGUAAAUAUAUAUAAAGAUGGAAAAUCCAUUUUAAUUUCACCAAAUUCUAAUCUAGAAAAAAUAAAUAAACCACAUCCAUUUGCAUCUUCAUCAAGUAGAAUAUUAAGUGGGAUUAUUCCGAAAUCAAUUAGAAUUUCAAACUAUGUUACUUCACAGUAUGAUUUUACAUUAUCUGAAGAAAUGUCCGAAUUUCAAAAUGAUGAAUCACAAUAA